AUGCUUGGAGCCGAGUAUGAUCCGGAGAAAAAUCAACCUGGGCAAACAUUCGACGACUUUUUCAUCGAUUACUACUCGAGAAUCUGGUUGACGUACAGGAGUGGAUUCGACGAAUUCCCGGGCACAACGAUCCGAUCCGAUUGUGGUUGGGGUUGUAUGUUGCGGACGAGUCAAAUGAUGGUCGCUCAAGCGAUUCUUGUCCUCAGACAUGGCAGAAAUUGGAGAUGGAAUCUACGAGGAAUGAAUUUGAAUGAGAAAAUGCCAGAAACCGCCUGGGAACACUAUGAGAUUCUUCGGCUUUUCGAGGACAAGCCAAGUCUGGAAGCUCCUUUGGGAAUCCAUCGAUUGCUCGAGUUAUCGGGUGGGAAAGCGUCAGCUGAGCGAUGGUUUCGACCAAGCGAAGCGUUGAGUUUAUUGAAACGUGCCAUCCAAACAUCAACCUCAUCAUUGACAGCUGGUUUGGCAAUGGUCGUUUGUUCAGAUGGAACACUCAUUGUGCCGAUUGUCGAGCGGGAAACCAGAAAUUGGACUCGACCACUUUUACUCUUCAUCUGCGUUCGUUUAGGGGCUCAUUCGGUGAACAAGGUCUAUCAUCGACAUCUUCAAUACUUGCUGAAAAUGCCGAACUCGCUGGGAAUCGGCGGUGGGAAGCCGAAUCACUCGACGUACUUCAUUGGGUAUUAUGAUCAGCAAUUGAUCUACUUGGAUCCACACGUCAGUCACCCAUACAUUCCGCUGGAGAAAGAGCUCGAGAAAGAUCACGAAGCAAAACCGAAGCACAAGCCAUUUUCCUCAUUUCAUUGCCGACUUCUCUCAAAAAUGCACAUUUCCGAUAUCGAUCCUUCGUGUGCAAUCGGUUUUCUGAUAAACGGAAAAAAUGAAUUCGAAGAGUCGAUGAGAUUUUUGAAUUUGAACCAAGUGAUCGAUGUGGAAUUGGGAAGAGGACUCGGCUCUAAAAGAACAAAAGAUCCAAUCUUCACAGUACUCUAUGAAGAGCCGAUUGGUGGAGAGACAAGGCAUAUCUCCGAACAAGAGCGGAAACAAGCCGAAGAUCAUGGAUUUGAAUUGCUG